CCCUCCUCCGCGCUCGCCAAACUGGCAGGUUGUAUCUUUGUAUUGUGCAUCUCGGUCGUCCGUCGGGAUGCGAUUGCUUGGCGUCGAGACCGUCGAGGCGUCUAGCGUCCUCACGACGCUCUGAAGCACGUCCGUACCGCCUCCCCGGACCCCACAACGCGCCGAACCCUGCCUCGGAUACACCGUGAUGCGACCGCCGACGACCCCCAGCGACGAUGUUAGCCCUACGGAGCGUCCGACGCCGUAGGCCUGUCGAGUUGCCAUGGGCUCCGCAAUGGGCAAAGGAGCGUCCCUUCUCGACAGCCUCCCGCCGAACCAGUCCCUGCACGUCGUCAUGCUGGGUCUCGACUCCGCCGGUAAGACGACCGCCCUGUACCGGCUCAAGUUCGACCAGUACCUGAACACGGUGCCCACGAUCGGCUUCAACUGCGAGAAGAUCAAAGGCACCUGCGGCAAAGCCAAAGGCACCAGUUUCCUGAUCUGGGACGUCGGCGGCCAGGACAAGCUCCGGCCGCUGUGGCGGUCCUACACCCGCUGCACUGACGGGAUCGUGUUUGUGCUGGACAGCGUCGACGAGGAACGGAUGGAGGAAGCCCGCAUGGAGUUGCUUCGAGUGGCCCGCGAGAAUUCGGGCGUGCCUGUGCUCGUGCUGGCGAACAAGCAAGACCUCCCGGGAGCCAAGGAGCCCCGCGAGAUCGAGCGUGUGUUGGGGCUGCACGAACUCGGCGCCGGACACCUCUGGCACGUGCAGCCCGCCUGCGCCAUCAUCGGCGAGGGUUUGGACGACGGACUAGAAGCUCUUUACGACAUGAUUGUCAAGCGAAAGCGACUCGCCAAGCAAGCCAAAAAGAAGAGGUAAUUGCGGUAGGGCGAGGCGUCGCCGUGUGUGGUUCGGGAUGUUCGAUCCGCCUUCGACGUGUUUCGUUGAGCGACGUUUGAUGGUGGUCGCCGGUAGCGUUUAGGGGGGUGCCCUGCCCGAAAAUGUUUUCCGCGACACCGAGUUUCUUACGCACCGUUUUUUUCUUUUAUGCGGGUCGUUAGUGAGACCGUAAGGACGUCAGGGCCCACGGUAACCUUCUAUUUUUAGAGUUGCGGGGGCCGGUUAAGCCCGACGACACGGCUAUCGAGGGCAGUGCGUCGCGUCAUUUCGUCGUUGUGUCGAGCAUUGUGUGACCGGCGCUCGUCCCCGCCACACGCCUCGGCGGCACCGCCACUGCCUCGCACAGGUGUAAAAAAGAGUCGCCCUCUUUUUUCUUUUCUUUUUGCGGUUUGUGUGUUUUGUUCGGUCUUCUGGAACGAGCUGUCGAAGCGCGUGACGUCAUCAACGCGUCCGCGUGCGCAUUUGGGAAAGAGGACGCGCGGGCGAAGGAACCGGUCCCGCAAACAGGCGCCAUCUCCGAGCGUGAAAACUAACCUGACGCGUUUCGUUCACAAUUGGCUUUAUCGUGCGCGCAGGUAGAUACGUCUUCCGGAUGUUUAUACCCUCAACAAACGCGCAGUCAUUGACCUAAGUGUGUCGGGUAUUUAAAAAAAGAGUGAUGGAAAGUCUAGCUGGGCUUUUCCCUGAGUAACGAGAUAAAACAAACCUGCUGAUUUGCUCGGGCUUAUUUCUUCAAGUUGUACUAGUUUUUUUUUUUUUUUUCGGCAGUUAAAUAACAAAGUUACAUAGCGAACAAAUGGUGUCAUGCCAUCUUUGGUCAUGCUGUGUCAGUAGUGAAGAUGUCUGAUUACAUUUGGUGUAUCGUCAUUUCAGAUCUGCGCACCAUGACCAGUGUUUUGGGGUGCAGGCCUGGAACCAAAAAACAUUAAAUACCUAUUUGACUCAGAUGGCAUAGGCAAAACCGGAAUGAACGAGAAUUACAGAGAGCAGGAAGGUCUACUUGGAAUGAAGAGCGUGCUGGUAGGGGUAAAAUAUAGUUGUGCAACCACACAUGUACUUGCUGCAGAGGCAGGAUAUCCAGUUACUACACUUGCACAGCUAGGUUCAGUGCCAUUGCUGCUGUAGAAUAAAGCUGCAUUGCCGUGCUUGGUGAAAGCUUGCUCUUCAGAUUGCAACAUAAUGCUAACCUUUGCCAAUCGUUCUUGUUAUUUUAAUUUACAGGAGCCUGUUGUUUCCGCUAGGUUCAGUGUAUGCACACAUCUUGUUUUCGAAGUGAGUGGCUUGGGUAACUAAUGUCACUGGAGGCUUGGAAAGUGACGUCAAGGUCCCCACACGUUCGACGUUUGGGCCCAUGGGAUGAAUAAUUUGCACCUUGACCUCUCCAGUUUGGAUGCAUUGAACCAAAAUUGUGGCAACAGAUUGUUUCACAGACAUUCCUCGUGCACAAGACUUUUGUUAGAUCUGAAACUGAUUGCAUUGUCAGCCUGCGUCCGACCUCACUUUUUCGCGGCAUUCGGUUCAUAGGAAAUAUUUUAAGCAGUCUGUUAGCAGACAAUGUAUGAUGCUUUCCUGUUUUAUUUCCGUCCGUGAAUGGUGCUUCGUAGCAGCCGAACUGCCUUCUUCACUCGCUCUGCAAGAGGCAAAUUACAAUUUGCUCUCGCAGUGGCCAAAAUCAUGCCCCACGGGAGAUAAGCCAUGUUGACAAGUCGAUUGAAUAUAUAGUGGCAAAGACACUGCAAUCUGAAAGGAACACUUUUAGUAGGAUGAUACAGCAUCCCGAUCUAGGCGCAGCUGGUUUGGAAUGCACCCUCACGAAGCUAUGAGGAUUUUAAAGAACCAAGACGGCAAUUUCCAUGGCAGCAAAUAUCUUUCAACCACUCGCUUCGUGAGGUUUUUGUUUUCUAUAUGUUAGUAUUGUUUGUGUCCCACUAGAAGGCAGCAAACACAAUGGCACUACUUUCCCGGGAUUCAAUGACUUCAUGGGCGAUAGCCCCCUAAAGUGGAAGCUGUAUUUAUGCUCUCGUCGUCCAGAUUCUGGCAUCAUAAUUAGGGCUCCAUAUUUCCGGGGUUUAUUUGCCUUCUAAUUUGUGUGCGCUUUGUUAGGGCGUUUAUUUUUACCUACACAUUCAAUGUUUUUUGGUAUCUAUCUUUGUUGUCUGAUGAGCAUUUGGUAUUAAUGGAGCUGGGCUUACGUUGAAAACUCGACACGGACGUGGGCUUUUCCAACACUCGGGGAGCACGUGCGUUACCCAAAUACUUGAGAAACGUCAUCCAGGUACCGAUGGGGGAACAAAACAAAAAACCCAGAUAACUGGUGUUUUUCCUGACGAAAAAACCCGCUCCCCAAACAGUCCAGAGUGGGCUGCAUAACGAGUCUACACGAAAUAAAGCUUUAGAUAAAUAUUUCUUCCUGUAAACAUUUUUUUUUUUAUUUUUUUCAUUCAAACACAGUUUUAGUUUGGGGUUUUUCGGUUUUCCCUGACUUUGAUAAGGCCAGAUGAGGGGAUACCUUACAGGGUUUCUUGGGAUAAACCAAAAACACAAGGACCCUAAUGAUAAUGCACUGCGCCCGAUGCAUUGAUUGGAAAGAGACACCGGGGCUAGUGUGCUGCUGCUAGGGAUGUGAAGAAAUAGGUACGUGUACACCUCUUUCACAUGUUGAAAGAGAUGUGCAUACAUUGUCUUGCUCCUGUUUUGUUAUUCUUCAUUUACACACACCUACUGCCAUCAGCAUGCUUUUCAGCUCAUUGUGACAGUGCCACCUUUGCAUAUAGUGCCACCUUUGCACCUAUGCCUUAGUAGGCCUUCUGGGCUGGCAGAAUAUUUUCAUUAUGUUUGUAAGUUUUUGUUUUAUUUGUUUUUUUUUCGUUUAAAGCAGUGUUUGUAACCAUUUGGAAAACAGUGUCGGCUGUUUGAAGCCCUUAUGGAAGGAGAACACAGUCAGAAUGUGUAUUUGGAAUAACAUUCACAUUUGUGCUCUGUCCAAGAACUCCAAAAGGUUUUGUAGUAUAAUAAGUAAAUGAGGAGCUUGGACAAUAAUUUUGGAAUGGAGUCCUCAAGGAGUUUGUAUAGGUAGCUAGAGGAAGAUCUGUACUGCAUAGACCCCUUUGAAAAUUAUGCCUUCCAGUAGAACCGAAAAUACUACACAGGGUUACUAUGUCUAUCCUUAACCAGCUCACCUGCCUAGUUACUUUAACUUCAGUGUUAAAGAUGCCUUCGAGCUGGCAAGUCCACAUCUUAUAAAAUGAACACUUCCAUAACAAUAACAUGUGCAUUUCCAUAGCUACCAGUAUGGGCUUAUGAAAGUGCAUGUUUAGCGGUAUUGGCUUGCCCAGCUUGUUACACUGUUUUCGAAACCUUUAGGAGAAGCAUGUGAUUUUUUAAAGGGGUCAAUGCCAUGUAGGGGUGAGUUUACAAUUGACAUGUUGUGUUAGUAUGGAACCGGAAUCUGCUGACCGUUUGACUAUCUUCGACAGCUCGUUCCUUGUAGCCUUUGCUUGUAUGUUUGUUUGACGUCGACUACCGACUGUUUGUGCUUGGUUCUGUAGAAUCUCUCCUGUGUGUACUGCAGAGGCAGACAACCUAGUCACACUCAGACGAGUUCCCCCUCCUAGAGACACAAGCUAGUCUGUUUGGCUUUCCACGAGUUCCUCCUGUCGACGACUAACGAUCCCUGGGGCUCAACUGCAGGCAUGAAAGAGCUCUUUUGAGAUAGAAGCAACAUUGUGUGUGAUGUAAUUUACUGAAGGAGGGAAGGGAGGGGGGAGCAGAUAGCCACACAUCCUGCUUUUGUACAUAGACGGGGUGCCCCCAUUUUGGCCACUAACUGCUUUCUGGAAGUGUUCCAGACGGCUCGAAAGCUUAGCAGACGGCGCCGCUGACGCCAUAGUGUAAAUUGAGUCAGUUUGCAGAAGAUUUCUGUUGUGUUGCUCGCGAUGUGUCGUGUCUGGCGUUCAAGUUCAUGACUGGUUGGGCGAUCUUAUCUCGUUUUGCUAUCUGGCCUUUGACCUCCGGGACAAACUGUGAUUACGGAGAAUUCAUGGAGAGUGAGGGGCGGCUUUUGGAGAGAGCCGAGAUUCUUGGGAAAGCUUGGGGUAGGGGUUUUGAAAACAUGUUGAAUUGCUGUCGUUUCCGGAUCUUGUUUAUCUCAGGCCAGUGGAAACGGCGUACUGCCAGCGUCACUGGUGUUUUCCAGGUCUUUUACGCAGGGAAACCUUCGAGUGUUAUUUUAAUUAUUUCGAAACCUUAUGAUGGGAUGUCAAAGUAAAAUAUGAUUUGUACCACUGGUGUUUCUUUCCAGUCCAACUUUAGGCUAAGCAUUUUUUUUGUACUUCCUCUGAUUUUACGGUGAUGUCGAAAUAGCUCGGUAGCUUGCAUGCUAGGUAAAGUUUGCACAUAACAUAACAAAAUAUGUUUUUUAACAGACUUCCUCUUGUGUCGACAGCAGUACAUCUGUAGUGAUUACACUGCAAGCCCGUGUAACCUCUCAGUGCCCCAAUCUGUGAUUGAAAUGUCCAUGUUUAAUUGUUUGAACAAUUAUACCGACAUUGGUGCCCACCGCUUGUGUUACGAGGUGAUUCAUUAAAACGCCACUGACUAUCAUA